AUGGGCCUCGACGAACACGAUAACGAAUUAAUCUUCGAGACAAGCGAGGAUGUACAAGUACUGGACAGCUUCGAUGCUCUUGGCUUGAAGGAGGACCUACUUCGUGGCAUCUACCAAUACGGUUUCGAACGACCCUCUGCCGUCCAGCAGCGUGCCAUUCUCCCUAUUGUGAAGGGAAGGGACGUAGUGGUGCAGAGUCAGUCUGGUACGGGUAAGACUUGUGUCUUCGCCUUGGGUGCCUUGCAAACUGUCAAGACCACCGAGAGGGACCCCCAAGUCCUCAUCCUAUCCCCCACACGUGAACUCGCGGAGCAAAGCCAAAAGGUUUGCCUGGCCCUUGGUGACUACAUGAACGUCCAAGUCCACUGCUGUGUGGGUGGUAAGAAGCUCACUGACGAUAUCCGCGCUCUGGAGGCUGGCGUCCAUAUUGUCUCCGGCACUCCCGGAAGAGUGUACCAUAUGAUCUCCCAACGCCACCUCUCGACGAGACAUCUCAAAAUGCUGGUCUUGGAUGAGGCCGAUGAGAUGCUCGAUAGAGGGUUCAAGGAACAGGUCUACGAUAUUUACCGUUACCUGCCUCCUAGUACCCAGUGUGUACUGGUGUCGGCGACCAUGCCCAACGAGAUCCUGGAGAUGACCAACAACUUCAUGAAUAACCCCUUCAGGGUUCUCGUGAAGCGUGAUGAGUUGACGCUAGAAGGUAUCAAGCAGUUCUUCGUCGCUGUUGAGAAGGAGCAGUGGAAAUUCGAUACUCUAUGCGACUUAUACGAUACUUUGACCAUCACACAGGCCGUCAUCUUUUGCAACACCAAGCAGAAGGUCGAUUGGCUGACCAACAAAAUGAGAGAGGCCAAGUUCACCGUUGUGUCCAUGCACGGCGAUAUGCCUCAGAAGGAGCGUGAUGCUAUUAUGCAGAAGUUCAGGUCUGGCCAGGCCCGUGUGCUGAUCACAACCGAUAUAUGGGGUCGUGGUUUGGAUGUACAGCAGGUGUCUUUGGUCAUCUGUUACGAUUUGCCUAACAAUCGUGAAUUGUACAUCCAUCGUAUCGGCCGAUCGGGUCGUUUUGGUCGUAAGGGCGUUGCUAUUAAUUUCGUAAAGGAGGAUGACGUUAGGAUCCUGAGAGAUAUCGAACAGUAUUACUCCACGCAAAUCGACGAGAUGCCAAUGAACGUAGCCGAUCUCAUCUAA